CGCCCGACGCUGAUGAGCCGCAGACAGCAGGGCGCCUGAGCGGGUCUGAACAGCUCCAAACUCCGACACACACCGCGACACUCCGCGCACCGGUCCAGAGCGACCCACGGAGCUCCAGCAGCACUUCACUCAACUUUACUCGGAGUCAAACACACACACACACAAAAACACACACACAUACAGAGAUAGAGAGAGUGGAGAAAGCUGCGCUGGCGGCCGCGCUGGCCGACUGGAGACUCUUUCUCACCGCACACCGAAAGUAUGGCCGCGCGCGCGCUCUUCCUGAUCGCCCUCGGAGCUCUGAGCGCCCGCGCGCAGUACGGAGACCGCGGGAUGUCGGUGCCCGAGCACGGCUUCUGCCAGCCCAUCUCCAUCCCUCUGUGCACGGACAUCGCCUACAACGAGACCAUCAUGCCCAACCUGCUCGGCCACACCAACCAGGAGGACGCGGGACUAGAAGUGCACCAGUUUUACCCGCUGGUGAAAGUGCAGUGCUCGCCGGACCUCAAGUUCUUCCUGUGCUCCAUGUACGCGCCGGUGUGCACGGUGCUGGAGCAGGCGCUGCCGCCGUGCCGGUCCCUGUGCGAGCGCGCGCGUCAAGGCUGCGAGGCGCUGAUGAAUAAAUUCGGCUUCCAGUGGCCGGAGAGCCUGGCGUGCGAGUCCUUCCCGGUGCACGGCGGAGAGCUCUGCGUGGGACAGAACACCACCGGGCCGAGCUCCCCGGUCAACCCGACUCCCGAUGCGACGCAGGCGGCUCCGGAGUUCUCCGCGCGCGGCCGCUUCCAGUGCCCGGCGUCGCUCAGAGUCCCUCCGUACCUCAACUACCGCUUCCUGGGUGAGGACAACUGCGGAGCGCCAUGCGAGCCCAGAAAACUGCACGGCAUGAUGUACUUCAGCGAGGACGAGCAGAAGUUUGCGCGCAUCUGGAUCGGGAUCUGGUCCGUCCUAUGCUGCGCUUCAACUUUAUUCACAGUUCUGACUUAUCUGGUGGACAUGAAGCGCUUCAGCUACCCGGAGAGACCCAUCAUAUUCCUGUCCGGCUGCUACACCAUGGUGUCCAUCGCCUACAUCGCCGGAUUUCUCCUGGAGGACAAAGUGGUCUGCAACGAGCAGUUCGAGAACGAGUUCAGGACUGUGGUCCAGGGCACCAAGAAGGAAGGCUGCACCAUAUUGUUCAUGAUGCUGUACUUCUUCAGCAUGUCCAGCUCCAUCUGGUGGGUGAUCCUGGCGCUCACCUGGUUCCUCGCGGCCGGGAUGAAAUGGGGUCACGAGGCCAUCGAGGCCAACUCGCAGUACUUCCACCUCGCGGCCUGGGCAGUCCCGGCCAUCAAAACCAUCACCAUCUUGGCUGUGGGUCAGGUGGACGGGGACGUGCUCAGCGGAGUGUGCUUUGUGGGCAUCAACAGCGUGGACGCGCUGCGCGGAUUCGUGCUCGCGCCGCUCUUCGUGUACCUGUUCAUCGGCACCUCGUUCCUCCUGGCGGGAUUCGUGUCGUUGUUCCGCAUCAGGACCAUCAUGAAGCACGACGGCACGAAAACGGAGAAACUAGAGAAGCUGAUGGUGCGGAUCGGGAUCUUCAGCGUGCUCUACACGGUUCCGGCCACCAUCGUGAUCGCCUGUUACUUCUACGAGCAGGCCUUCCGCGCGCACUGGGAGCAGACGUGGAGCGCGCACUCGUGCAAGACAUACGCGGUGCCGUGUCCCGCGCACAACCCGCAGAUGAACCCGGACUUCACGGUGUUCAUGAUCAAAUACCUGAUGACCCUGAUCGUGGGCAUCACCUCCGGCUUCUGGAUAUGGUCUGGAAAGACGCUCAAUUCCUGGAGGAAGUUUUACACGAGACUGGCGAACAGCAAACAGGGAGAAACCACAGUGUGAAGCUCUGCCCAUCACUCCUCUCCUGAUUGAUCGAUUGUGUUGUACAGAAACACUGAGCUUUUUUGUACUUACAUUUUUUGUAUUUAAAACUCUCUCCUGGAUGUGCUUUUUUAAUCAGAGGACUGCUUUUUGGAGAUUAUUUAUGCCUUUCUCUCUUGGAAUAUUCUGGGUCGGGAUCUGUAUGUAAAAUCGCGUCUUUUUUCAUUUUUUAAUCGACUUCAGUGUUUUUUCCACGGGCGAAUAUUCAAACUUUUUACAUGCAAAUAAUGCAGAUGAUGUUAAUAACCACUGUAUUAAUGUGUGUGAAUGCUGCACCCAGCACUUACAGCACAUGGGAAGCUUUGAGCUUUAAAUUAAAGCUGAGAUUGUGCUGAAUUAUGGGACUGGAUCCUGAAGAUAAUCAGUCAAUUCUGCUGGCUGCAGAUCUGCUUAAUUCAGCCCAUUCGCUGGUCUUCCAGGCUGGAUUCAGAUGUAAAGUGCCUUUUCUCUCGUUUCUUUCAGUCCUGCACUUCUCUAAGAAAUGUUUCUUGAGUCUGUAAUGAUGUUUCUGAAGGGUUUGUGUUCUCUUAUGGCUCUUUUGCACAGAAGUACCUCUAAACAUACAGCUAGAACACGAUGGACAGUGUUUGCAAUGCACUUCUCAAAUACUUCAUCAUGUCUGUGUCAGUAUCAGAACCGUGAAUUCACCAUGAGAAUGUUUGGAGACGCAAGUGUAAAGCGAUAAUACAUCAGUUGUUGUCAGAGAUUAUCAGCUCUAAUUAGCAAAUUCAAUAAUACUGUUUAUCCAAAAUCUACAAGCAAUCAACACUGUUUGUGGAUAAUCUGUUCAGGAGGACAUUUUUAAAGGGGAAGUUCACCCAUAAAUGAAAGUUCUGUCAUCAUUUACUCAUCAUUCACGUAUUAUUUCAUCUGUUAAACACAACAGAAGAUACUUUUAAAAAUGUUAAAAACCAGUGAACAUUGACGUCCAAAGUAUUUGUAUUUCCUACCAUGGAAGUUAACGGUUACCGGUUUUAACACUCUAAAAUAAUCUGUUUUAAUAUAAUGUUUUCUUAUUAUAAUAUAUGAUAUUAUUUAAACCCAAAUUUGUGUAAAUGUGGAUAUAAUUUGUACUAUAAAAUACACUGAAAAGAUUAACACCUUUGUCAAUAUGUCAAUAUGUGUGACCACAGUAAGUGUCCAUUUUUGGAAAUUGAGAGUCAUGCGAGUCUGAAUAAUUAGCUGACUCAAUACGUUUUCCAUUGAUGUACACUUUGUUAGGACUGGAGAAUAUUUAGUUGAGAUAUUAGAGAAAAUAGGAGGGUAAUUUAAAUAUUGAUCAAUUAAUCAUUUCAAUAUUGACAUUUAAAGUUGUCCGAAUUAAGUUCUCAGCAUUGCAUAUUACUAAUGAAAAUGUAUUUUUUUAUUUAUUUACUAUAGUAAAUUUACUAAAUAUCUUGUGAUAAUUUUUGGCAUUAAACAAAUCUAUCAUUUUGACUCAUAUAAUGUAUUUCAACCAAUAAUAGUCAACAUAAGACUCCUAUGGAAGCCCUAAAAAACGCCUCUAAAAAAGGUGAUUUUGACUUGUUAGUGACAGAAAGCAGACUUUAUAAAACACAAUUGUGAAUUUAUAUCGUGCAAUUCUGACUUAAUAAUUCGUGAUUCUACGUUUGCAUUAAAAUUCUGAGGAAAAAAAGUCUAAAUUUUGAGUUUGUGUCAUGCAGUUUUGAGAUAAA